AUGCGAUGGAUAGAGCAUACUAGCAUUAAAACAUCCAAAGAUAGUGCAAUGAAAAGAUGCUUAAAUUUAGAACUAAUAUUAAAACUGGAAGAAACUGAACAACAUCAAUCUUAUCAAAAAAUACUUCAAAUAUUAAUUGAAGAAGAAUCAACUUCACAAGAGUUAAUAAAAGCAAUUAAAGAAAUACAACAAAGUUCUAAAGAAAGAUUUGAUAAAGAAGAAACUGAUAAACAACUAAAAUUUACAGAAAUAGUAAAAGGAACUACAAGAAAGCAAGAUAUUACAAAGAUAUUGCAUUCAGUUUAUAAUCAAUUCUACAAGAAGGAAAAGAAAAUUAACAACAGUCAUAUCAAGACUUAA